CUGCCGGGCUGACCGGCCCAUACCCUCUCUGGAGUGGUCUACGGAGUGGUACGAGAUAAUCUGAUAUCGCUUCCCCGUGCUCGGGGCGCUAGGGGAGGUUGUUCCUGUAAGAAUGCCCCGAUAUGUCGUCGACGCCGAAGGGAUUCCAAUGCACAUUUCCCGGCUGCGACAAGGCCUUUAAUAGAAAGGAACACUUAAACCGGCAUACCAAAUCCCACGACCCCCAACUUCAAUACAAGUGCCUUCUAUGCGGCCGGCGUUAUGCCCGGAGCGACGUUCUCCGGAGGCAUGUGAAGCAUCACCAUCAAGCUCCACAGCAAGCACCGAAUAACAAUAACAAUAUAACUUGCACGCCAUGCCGUGACAGGAACUCCGAGUGUGACGGCAACUCUCCUUGUCGCUCUUGUAUCCAGAAUUCGGUAGACUGUGAUUGGACCGACCGAGAGUCCCGCGACGCUGGAGUCAAUGUAGUGAACGAGAAUGGCUUCGGCAUGCCUGAUGAGAUUGGCGCCGCCGUGACAGAUCGGACAUCCGUUUUACUGCCUCCCGACCACGGCCAAGCGGCGUGGUUCUCUCCCGACCAAGAUGCCUGGGGCUCACGACCGUGUCCGGAGCCAACCAGCUUUCAUCCUGGAUAUCGACUUCAGGGCACCACGGAUCCCAUGAGCUAUGUUCCUCCAAGCUUAUCAAGUAUCACGAUAGACGAUAGCUCUAGCACCUCGUUAAGUGUGAAUAUUGGCCGUGUCGAGAAUUUGUCCUACGGUUCAUCGAAUAGCGCCUCGAGACAUUCGCGGACUAUAUCACCGCCCACCUCGCAACAUCACAGUCUAUACAGCUCGCCGGAGGCGGGAACCAUGCCAGAUAAACAUGCGAUCGUUGAUAGGGGUUCCCUCACGACUAAAAGACUCAUAAAAGUAUUCUUCAACGAGAUACACCCAUAUUGGCCUAUUUUGCAUGCCCCCACGUUCGUCUGGGAGAACGCCCCCACCGUAUUGUUGGCGUCCAUGAUCAUGUUGGCGAGCUGGCUUGAGGGCGGCCCCGAACAUCAGAGAAUCGCCCCCCUAGUCCUCGAGGAAGUGGCUCGGAUCCAGAUAAACCUCAGCCCACCCUUACAUCUACUACAGGCUACUCUGUUCUCCAUCGUUUACACACUCUGCUCUCUGACUGUGGAGGGAAUGGUACCGCGAGCGCUGAGCCUCACGAGUCUACUUGUCGCCGCGUGUCGAUAUCUAGGGAUCUUCAACGGCCAAUACACAGACCCAGAAGUGGAAGACGAGAUACUCGACUGCCCAUUCGUCUCCUGGAGGGCACAGGAACAACUGAACAGGCUCGCAUUCUCCAUACUCCGCGUCGACGCGUAUCUCAGCGUCUUGCUGGACCAUCCACCUUCGGUGCGGUACCAGGAACUCUGGAUCCCGCUCCCAAAGUCGCACCGCCUGUGGGCGGCCGCGAGCGAUGAGGACCGACGGCGGCUGCAGUGGGACGAGCCCGCGGGACGCGAGAAGGCGCUCUUCUCGUUCCUCAUACGCGACCUGCUCGACCCUAGCCGCAAUGAGCAGCUACCGUACAGCCUCACCGACAUCGACUACCACUUAGGCACGUGCGCGACGCAGCCGGACCUGUGGGUGGCAGCGCGCGAGGCGCACAGUAGCAUGUCGGACGAGCUCGUCGACGAGACCGACCCGUCCAUCUCGGUCUGGCUCGCGCAGCCGCAGAUCUCACUCUGGCGCGGCAAGCAGAGGCAGGCCUGCGAGGUCCGGUCCGCGUACUUCUCGGGCACCCUGCCGUCGAUCGGCGACGGCGGGGGCAUCGGCGGUCAGCACCACCGCCACCAGCACCUGCUGGCCCCGCUCACCUUCACCCUUAUGCACGUGUCGACGCUCAAGCUGCACGCGCCCCUCAAUACGCUCAGCGUCCGUGGAUAUUACUACAAGUCGCGCCCGGGCGCCGCCAUCCCGACGCGCAAGCCGCGCGCCCACCUGCGCGGCUGGAUCACCUCGGGGUGCCCGCGCACGGCGCUGUGGAACGCGGCGCAGGUGUGCCGCAUCUACACGAUCGAGUCGGGCGACCCGUCGGCGCCCGCAUCCGGCUCCGGCGGCGCCUCCUCGCCGUCCCGCCGCGCGCGCCUGCUGCUCAACCCGCUGCUCAUUCCCGGCAUCCUAAUGAGCGCCGUCGUGACCUGCUCUUUCGCCUUCUACACGCCGUCGUGCGAUGACUGUGCGCCCCAGGGCCCCAGCCCCGGCCUCGAAACCCAUACUGUCGACCUAUUCAAUACCAACGACGAGGACGACCCCGUGCUCCAGCGGUGGCGCGACCAUGGGCUCGGCGUACCGACGUGGGGGGCGGCCAGCGGCGGCGGCGGCGGCAUCCCCGUAUGCAAGUGCCGGCUCUCGGAGCUCGCAGCCUGGUUCCGCGAGGCGUUCGCGCGCGACAAGGGCGCCGAGGUCGAGCUCGUGCUCUUCCUCGCCGAGCUGAGCCGCGAGUCGAAGGACGCGGGCCGGUGAGGCGAGCUGGCGCCAACACGGCGGGAGUGAAUAACACGCAACGCGCUUACAUAUAUGUACCUAUAUAUAUAUAUAUAUACCUCUACGUCAGUCUAUAUGUUCUACCGAGCCGAGGCCGGGCUUUUUUGUCACGGGUAUAAGAAGGGAAAACGGUGUGUGGCACGGGAGCGUUCGAAAGGAGGAAGGCGUUUAAUUAUCUUUUUUUUCUUGUUAAUUCUUCCGUGCACCUGUACACGUGCGGCAAUCUUCUACUUAUUCAUGUAGUCAAGUUGGUUAUGUCCCGGAUUGAUGUAACGCAAUACGUAUUCCUCCUAAGAAUAUCCCGAGCAUCGAUGCUUUCUACUUAACGGGCGGCACAGCAACGCGGUAGAAAAGAAAGCCCACUCGGAAGGUGUCGUACUCGACACGCAGCGACCUGUGAAGAUUAAU